CCCUUCUGGUGCCACGCGCAGGCCACAUGGCAUCCGAAUCAGCCGUUGGCGCGCGCCUCGAUCCCCUCCGUCCGUUCCCUCCCCGACGCUUCUCCCUGCCACAUCACCCCUCUCCUCCCACCUUCCUCCCCACCGGCCUCGAGUCGCCCGCGCGAGAUCUGCCUUCCGCCGCGGGCCCGCGGCCACAUGCCACACAACGACGCCCGACGAGCUCCCCCGCGAUCGAGGUAGGCCCGCCGGAACCCGAGGAGGAUGGAGAUGGCGGGCGGCGGCGCGGCGGACGAGCGGAGCUGCAGGAGGACGGACGCCACGCGCACGCGCUCCGCCUCCGCGCCUUCUUCUCCGACCCGGCGCUUUUCCCGCCCGACCUCGUCGCGCGCGCAUCCUCCGCGCCGCCCGGUGCAGAUCCACAGAGUUUGUUAGAAGAGAAAAUAGCAGCACAAGAAAAACUUGCACUUGCAGAGUAUGAUCUGCGACUAGCCAAAGAAGACCUUUCACAGUUGAAGCUUGAGUUACAAAAGCAAAAAGAAUCAUCUCCUGAAGAUUCAAAUGGGCUCCUUUUGGGUGAUUCUACACGUGAAGGAUCCAUUAGCCAACAGGAUAAACGGGAAGUGAAAAUUUCAGCAUUAGGCCCUCUAAAGGAUAAUGAACGAAAAGAUCUUAACUGUGCUGUAAAAGAAUACUUGCUUUUGGCAGGGUAUCGACUUGCAGCCAUGACAUUCAUUGAGGAGGUUCCUGAUCAAGACCUUGAUGUUUGGCCAAACAGUUCAGCUUGUGUUCCUGAUGCCCUUCGUCGUUACUACUAUCAGUACCUUUCAUCUACUGCAGAGGCUGCAGAGGAAAAAAUAUCCAUACUUCGGGAAAAUGAAACAUUACUUAAGGACAAUGAGCGACUCAAUGCUGAAAAGGACUCUUUGACCAAGAGCAGGGAAGCGGCUAAUAGUCAGGUUGCUGCUUUGAGGAAAUCUUUGGAAGCUGCGCACAAGGAGAUAAAAGAGAAGGAAAAAAUGGUUCAAGACUUAAGGCAGUCACUGGAUGUCCAGAGGAAAGAGCUGAACGACUGCAGAGCUGAAAUUACAGCCCUUAAGAUGUAUAUUGAAGGGGCUCAAUCAAACAAGCAAUUGUUUGUUGGAAAUAGUGAUGAUCUGGAGUCGCAUUCCAUCGCUAACUCUAUGGGAGAAGCAGCAACAUUGAAUAAUAAAGAUGGAGACUCAAAAGGAUCUGAAUCCAUAACAAAUAAGCUAGGAUCGGCAGUCAAUCUAACUGAGGAUACACAGAAAGAUCACCAAGUGAUAGAAAAUAGUGCUGAAGGUCCCUCAGUUUCAGAAGCUCCAGUUUCUUGCUCAUCUCAUGAGAAUGGAGGCUAUGGUACUUCAGAAGAAGAUAAAUCUAUGUCGAAUAUCUCAUCAGAAAAUGUAACUCUUAAUAGUAGUCUGCAUGGAGCUUCCAUGAUUGGUAAAAUCCAGGAGAGUUCAGAUGGCAUAUCUGUGUAUUUAUCUACUGAGAAACUAGAGAGCCCAAGCAAACAAAAAUCUUCAGAUAAGAUGGCUCUGGAGACUAUAAAGAUAGUUUCAGAUGCACUUCCAAAGAUUGUACCAUAUGUGCUCAUAAACCAUCGUGAGGAACUUCUUCCAUUGAUCAUAUGUGCUAUAGAAAAGCAUCCAGAUAGCGAUGUACGGGAUUCCUUGACUCAUACAUUAUUCAACCUGAUAAAACGGCCUGAUGGACAACAAAGACGCAUCAUAAUGGAUGCUUGUGUUGAGUUAGCUAAGAGUGUUGGUGAGAUGAGGACAGAAACUGAGCUACUUCCUCAAUGUUGGGAACAGAUAAAUCAUCAAUAUGAGGAACGCAGAUUGCUUGUUGCUCAAUCGUGUGGAGAACUUGCUGUGUAUGUUCGCCCAGAGAUUCGAGAUUCCCUCAUUUUAUCUAUUGUGCAACAACUUGUCGAAGAUGCUGCAACAGUUGUAAGGGAAGCUGCAACACAUAACCUGGCAUUGCUUCUUCCUCUGUUUCCAAACCUGGACAAGUAUUACAAGGUUGAGGAACUAAUGUUCCAAUUGGUCUGUGACCCCUCUGGGGCGGUUGUGGAAGUCGCACUCAAGGAGCUUGUUCCUGCUGUAGUAAGAUGGGGAGGUAAACUGGAUCAGAUAUCAAGAGUGCUAUUGGCUCAUAUCCUGGCAUCUGCUCAGCGGUGUCCACCUAUUUCGGGGGUUGAAGGUACAAUAGACUCUCAUCUUCGUGUUUUAGGAGAACAAGAGCGCUGGAACAUUGAUGUCCUCCUUCGAAUGUUGACUGAGUUGCUACCAUUUAUUCAUCAGAAAGCUAUAGAGACUUGCCCCUUUGCACCAGUUGAUCCAACAGGCUCUACACCAGAAAACUUCUUCUCAGCAUCCUGCCUAAAACUGUAUUCAACAGGUGACUCUGAGUGGUCAGCAUUUGAGUGGAUGCACACUGAUUGCCUGCCUGAUUUAAUCAAGCUUGCCUGCUUGUUGCCUGUGAAAGAGGAUAACUUAAGAACCAUUAUCACGAAGUACCUUUUGGAAGUAUCUGGGUGCUACGGUAAAGAUUAUUUGGAGCACAUCAUGCUACCGGUAUUUCUUGUAGCAGCUGGCGAUAUUGAUAGUGGUGAUUUUACCUAUUUUCCUCUGUCAAUCCAGCCAAAAGUUCGUGGCUUGCGUCCGAAAACUUCAACUGCUGAAAAACUUGCGAUCAUGUGUGUGUUCCCAUUGUUGUUGUCUGGUAUUUUGGGUUCUCCUUCCAGCCGUCAACAGUUAGAAGAAUAUCUGAGAAAAGUACUUAUCCAAAACACCAAGGAUGGUUCAUUUUCUAUGCAUCAUACUACAGAGAUUAUUAAUGCAGUUCGGUUUCUUUGCUUAUUUGUGGAGCACCAUGGAGUCAUCUUCAAUAUUUUGUGGGAGAUGGUUGUGAGUUCAGAUACCAGCCUGAAAAUAAAUGCUGCAGCUCUACUGAAAGCACUUGUACCCUACAUUGAUGUGAAAGUUGCAUCUACUCAUAUUUUGCCAGCACUUAUUACUCUUGGCUCUGAUCAAAACUUGACAGUAAAAUAUGCUAGUAUAGAUGCAUUUGGAGCUGUUGCUCAGCACUUCAAAAAUGACAUGGUUGUUGACAAGAUACGCAUUCAAAUGGAUGCUUUCCUUGAAGAUGGAUCGCAUGAAGCUACUAUUUCUGUUAUUCGUGCACUUGCAGUGGCUGUGCCUCAUUCAACAGAUAGGCUACGUGAAUAUCUUUUAACCAAGAUAUUUAAGCUGACGAGCAUCACACCUUCCGGCGAUGAUAUUGAACGGCGUCGUGAAAGAGCAAAUGUAUACUGUGAAGCGCUGCGGGCUCUAGAUGCUACAGAUCUUCCAGCAACAAGUGUACGCGAUCUGCUUCUGCCAUCAAUACAGAACUUGUUAAAAGAUCCUGAUGCUCUAGACCCUGCACACAAGGAGGCAUUAGAAAUCAUAGGCCGUGAACAGUCGGGUGGUACACUGGAAAGCCUCAGCAAGGUAAUGGGGGCGCAUCUUGGGAUCGCAUCCUCCGUCAGCAGUUUCUUUGGUGAGAGCAGCCUCCUUGGGAAGAAAGAAGGUGGCGAGCAACAUGACCCUGCUACCACCGCUGCCCCUGAUCCCAAUCCGCAGGCUCAGCCGGAGAGCACUAGGUUUGGUCGUAUAAUGAGGGGCGGCUUCGGAGAUAUUUUGCGAGGGCAAAGCAAGGGACAGUGAUGCACCGGGUUUUAAAAUGAUCAGUUACAUACAUAGCAAUCAAUACCACAUUCUUUGUUCGUUGUUGUAGUAAGGUUACGGAGGAAUGGAAUUUCCAUGCCGAGAGAAAAGUAAUGUGACGUUACUGCAGUAAUCUAGCACCAAAAUUCCUGUAUAGAAGGAAAGAUAUAGCAUUUUGCACGUAUUCAAUUAGCUGCAUAUUUCUAGGACUCUAGUUGCUGUAUCUUUGUUCCAUUUGUUCAUAUCAAUAAAAGAUAAAAACUCCACGGUAUCA